AUGAUUUCGCUAAGACAGCCUGGGCCUCCACCAUUUCGGAAGGCCUUACUUGAAGCCUUCAAGAAAGAAAUUCAGAGCUUCCACCCGGAUGUCCACAAAGGCGAUCGCCAGCUCCUGGUGGAGCGCUUGCGCAACUGCCGCUUGGGCAAGGAUGCAAGAUCCUUCAAUCUUGAGGCGGAGCAAGCGCAGCAGGUGACCAAGGCCUAUGUGCAAAAGCUCUGGACCUUGGCGGCCGACAAGGGCUUGGCAGUGGACAGCGACGGUGUGAAAAUGCGAAGCGCAGCAGCUCAUCUUGCUCGGUGUUUUCUGGAAGAGGCAACUGAGCCUCAAGAGACGAUCACAGAGAACCUCAGUCCAGAGACAGCUGGCUGGAAGGCAUUGGCUACGUGGCUGAGCGAGCGUGCGCUGGAACGGGAACCCGGUUCACAACUAAAGGCCGAUGACUUCCACGAGGACGUGUCCCCCUUUUGGCGGAAGCAGCUGGAGCGUGUGAAUCGACCCGAGGCCUUGCGUUUGGUGCAUCAGCUCGGUGGCGAUAACCUUUUUGGUUGGCUGCGUAGCAUGGCUGGUGGUCGAUCUACAGGGCUUUUUGACAAAGCCUUGCGAUGGAAAGCCAACAUGCCAGACUAUGUGCUCCUUGUUCAGGUUGGUGAUUUCUUUGAAGCCUGGGGUGUGGAUGCAGUCAUGCUUGUGCAAUGGUGUGGGCUAAAUCCUAUGGCCAGGAGAGCUCGUGCAGGCUUCCCCGUGAACGCUGCAAGCCUUCAACAAACCAUUGAUUCUUUGACCCGCGUCGAGUUGUCCGUUGCCGUCUAUGUCCAGUCUGCCGAGAACAAGACCAAGCGCAUUCUACGGCAGGUUUUAACCCCGGGUGCUCCCACUUACCUCUACGGCCAUGAGUUGGGCAAGGAACAAGCCGGCGACUUUAGCGAAGGCCGGCCUUACAUCGCCAUGCGCUUGAGGACGAACGGCUUGUUAUUCGCUGAGAUCCGGCCCUUCCGCCGGGAGGUGUGCUUCCGCGAGGAUGUGACUCCUGAAGCCGUAGAAGCACUCUUGGCGGACCAUGAUGGUGUGGCUUGGCCUGUCUUCGUGGAUGGCUCUACCACCCAGGUGAAGAAGUGGAAGUGGUUCCCAAAGGAGCGCCGAUGGAUGAAUCUACCCACAGAGGUUCGUGACGAUUACUUCCUCAAUCGCUGCUGCCAAGACUUGUGCCAGCUACUGCAGCUCUCCCAGGAUCCUCCCUUUGUCCAUGUACGUUUGGACACUGAUGACGGAGCUUUGCAGCCGUUGACCUUGUCUACCGCAAAGAAUCUGGGCGUUCUGCAUCAGAGCGGCGUGCCUUUGCUGGUUGCCCAUGCAUUGCCACAGGAAACACCCGUGGCCGCUCGACGCCUCAUGCGGCGGUGGCUGCUGGCACCAAGGUCGGAAGAAUGCGUGCACGCGAUGCGGCUGAUGCUCAAGGCGUUCAUCUCCAACGAGGCGAUGAUUCUCCCUUCACUGCAACGAGUCCCACCUGUUGCGAAGGUCGUGGCAUACAUUACGGCGCAAACGGCCAACGAAAGGCUUUUUCGGGACAUCAAGGAUUGCAUGGAGGGUCUCCAGACAUUUCUGCAGAAUGACAGGUAUUCAGCGUUGUGGGAUCCACUUUUGUCGAUUGCUGCAAUCGAGACUGGCUUGGACAAUCUUGACCGGCAGAAGUUCCUCUCAGAGAUUGUCCGAGUGCUGGCGUUGUUCGAGAUGAGGCUUCAAGAUCCUUCUCAACCUGAUGAUCCUGCAGCCAACUGCAGCAUUUCUAGAGAUGCAGACACACAGAGAGCUGUGGAAAGGCUCUUCGAGUCCAACGAAGCUUUCCGCGGCAUAGCUUCCCAGCAGCAGGAGUCCAUCUCGAAAGCCUACCGAGGCCUGAAUGCUGCGCGUGAUGACCUUUGCAAAGCUCUUCAAGAAGGCCUGCCAUCAACACAUACUGACAUGUUGGUGUACAAUCCCUUUGACAACGACAUUUGCUUCAAGAAGAAGCCUUUGGGCGGCGACUGUCAUGGAGCACAUGACCGACGUGGCAAGGCCAAAAAGGAGCGCUUCACGACCAAGAAGCUGGAGGGGGCCUUACAGCGCUACUUGAUGGAGGCAAAGCGCACUGAGCAGGCGACACAGGCAGUUCUGGUGCAGCUUUGUGGCGAGCUCAGUGGCCAUGUGGCAGCCUUGCGCACUGCAGUGACUGCCGCAGAGCUGCUCAUCACGGCACAUGCGCAUGCGUCGCAUGCCUUUCGAUGUGGCUGGACUCUGCCUCGAAUCUCGGGACAGACACUGGAGGCAACCAUCGCUCCCUACUGGAUGGACUCUGGAGAUGCCGUGUUCUCACACGUGGUUUUGGAACCUCAUGGUGCGAUUGCCACUGGCCCCAACAUGUCUGGCAAAAGCACCCUGAUGCGAGCAAUAGGUGCAUGCUCACUUCUGGCGAACUGUGGCUUCCUUUGCCCUUGCAAGUCGAAUGCGACUGUGCCACGGUAUCGACAGGUGGUUUGGGUCGCCGCUGAAGGUGACCGACCAGCCGAGGGCGUCAGUGCUUUUGGCCAAGAAGCGAUGAUCUCUGCUGCCCUGCUGCGGCGUGCCGAGCCAGGCACGUUGGCGCUGGUGGAUGAGUUUGGUCGAGGCACCGAGCCUCGAGCAGCGAAGGCAGCUGUUUGUGCUCUCAUUGAAGAGCUCGCUGCACGAGGAACACAGCUGCUUGAAAGCACAGAAAGACUUCUAUGCCAAUGUUCUACUGUUUGUUUGUACAGGAGUAGUAAUGUUGGAUCCUGA